AUGACGGAUAAGCCACCUCCACCACCACCUCCUCCUCAGGGUAAUACGAAUCCAUAUGAUGCCCCAUCAGAGAAUCCAUAUCAGGUUCCAGCAGAAAACGUUCAACCUGCUAAUGCACCUCAACCAAUGUAUCAACCUCCUCCACCGCCUCCUCAGCAAGCUGGUCAAUAUUCACCACCACCGCCAGGUCAAUACCCACCACCUCCACCUGGCCAGUACCCUCCAGGUCAAUAUCCACCACCUCCACCAGGACAAUAUCCACCGCCGCCACCUGGUCAAUAUCCGCCAGGUCAAUACCCUCCACCUCCGCCUGGACAGUAUCCUCCAGGCCAAUAUCCACCACCUCCGCCUGGACAAUACCCACCAGGACAAUAUCCACCAAAUUAUUAUGCUCAAGGCGAAUACAAGGAUAAGAAGAAGAAGAAAGAUAAAAAGAAAAAGAAACACAGUUUUGCAGAUGAGGACGCACUUUGCCUUGCAGCCCUUUGCAGCGUCUGCUUACUCUGUUUGGUGUGUAGUGAUUAA